AUGCUACUUCUGCGUGCUCAGCCACAAAGCUUCUGCGAAAGUGUGGCCUAUGAUGCAGGUGACUAUUACCACUCCAUUGCAUGGCUGGAGGAGGCUGUCAGCCUCUUCCGCCUCUCCUAUGGCAGCUGGAACCUUGAGGACCGGAGCAGUCUGGAGGAUGCUCUGGACCAUUUGGCCUUCUCCUACUUUAUGGCUGGAAACAUCUCUCAUGCCUUGAGCCUCUCCAGGGAGUUUCUCCACUACGAUCCCAGUAACCAAAGGGUAUCGAGGAACGUGGCCAAGUACAAGAAGCUGCUGGAGAUGGGGACUGGGGCAAGUGCCAGCCCCCUGCAACGCCCCAACAGCACCCGCCUGCAGAGCCGUGAUGCCUACGAGGAGCUGUGCCAGCGCCCCAGGGGGCAGCCAGCCUCAGAGCCGCUCCUGUACCUCAGCUGCUCCUACGAGACCAACAGUAGCCCCCACCUCCUCCUCCAGCCUGCCAAGAAGGAGAUGGUCCGGAUCCAACCCUAUGUGGCUCUGUACCAUGACUUCAUCACUGAUGCUGAGGCUGAGACUAUCAAGGGGUUGGCAGGGCCCUGGCUGCAGAGAUCCGUGGUUGCCUCUGGGGAGAAGCAGCAGAAGGCCGAGUACCGGAUAAGCAAGAGCGCCUGGCUGAAGGACACGGCUGACCCAGUGGUGCGGGCGUUGGACAGGCGCAUCGCCGCCGUCACCGGCCUGGACCUGCGGCCACCCUAUGCAGAGUAUCUGCAGGUGGUCAACUAUGGCUUGGGAGGCCACUAUGAGCCACACUUCGACCAUGCCACGUCCACGAAAAGCCCCCUGUACAGAAUGAAGUCGGGCAACAGGAUCGCCACAAUCAUGAUCUACCUGAGUGCAGUGGAGGCAGGAGGCUCCACUGCUUUCAUCUAUGCCAACUUCAGCGUGCCCGUGGAAAAGAAUGCAGCUCUUUUCUGGUGGAACCUGCGAAGAAAUGGGAAUGGUGAUGGGGAUACCCUCCAUGCCGGCUGCCCCGUCCUAGCUGGGGACAAAUGGGUGGCGAAUAAGUGGAUCCAUGAACACGGGCAGGAGUUUCGGCGGCCGUGCAGUGCUGACCCACGGGACUGAGCCACUGUGGGAUCAUAGAUGUGACAUCCUUUGGUCCAAGAACCCACAGGAGGACCAGCGGCCAGGAGCCAGCGGGACGGGGCUGUCCCGGCCCCACACCUCGGGACAGCCAAGCCAGCAAGGGAAAGGACACCAAAUCCACCAGCUUCAUCUGCUGUGCCGAGGGGACUCAUGCCAGAGAUCCACCAGGUUCCCUUUUGCCCAAGCUGCUGCGUGAACCCUUUGUUUUUCCCCUUCCCCGAGACAGGGGCCGCUGUCAUUUUCCCCCUCCCCACCACCUCGCGGCCUUGGGUUUUGUUUCGCCUUUUCCUGGGAUUUUGUUUUAUAUUUUGGCAGUUUUUGAGUUGGUUUGUUUUCUUUUUAAUCCAUGGAGGAGGAGGAGUGGUGUGAAGGUUGGGCAAUCCAAUAUCUAGCAUUUAUUAAUUUUCUUUUUCCAUGUGUGCACUCUGGCAAUAAAUGAUUGGAGUUUUUUCACUUUCA